AUUAAUUAAUAUUGCUGCGGAUUUUCGAGAAAUAUUUUCGAUUCUUUUUAUAGUAAAAUGAAUUACAUUUACUUUUUUCUCAUAGCGAUUUUGUCAGUAACAACAGCAAAGAAAUAUAAGGAUGAUACCAAACCCGAGUGGGCCAAAAAAGAUAUAAGAGACUUUAAUGAUGCCGAUUUGGAAAGGUUGUUAGAUCAAUGGGAGGAGGAUGAAGAUCCAUUAGAACCUGAUGAGUUACCAGAGCAUUUGCGCCCUCAACCUCAGAUAGAUCUCUCAAAAUUGAAUUCAGCUAAUCCUGAAGAGUUGCUUAAAGUCUCCAAAAAGGGGCGAACACUUAUGACUUUCGUGUCCGUUGAUGGAAAACCUACUCGAGAAGAAGCUGAAACUAUUACCAAGCUAUGGCAGACUAGUCUAUGGAAUAACCACAUACAAGCCGAGCGUUAUAUGGUUGAUGACGAUCGUGCGAUUUUCAUGUUCAAAGAUGGUUCUCAAGCAUGGGAUGCUAAAGAUUUCUUAAUACAACAAGAGCGAUGCAAAGGUGUGACAAUAGAAAAUAAGGAAUAUCCCGGAACCUAUAAUAAAAAAGAAGAAUUAUAGAUACGGACUACGAAAAUUGGAAAAUUUAUUUAAAACCAUAAUAUUACAUUGAAAUGUGUUUUGCAUUUAUGUAUAUACGAACAAAUAAAAAUAUUAAUUAAGUUAA